AUGUUGUCAUUGUUGAUUACCAUCCUAGGUUUAGAGAUCGCACCAGUAUUCGGUUUUGAUGCCAGCUCUAAAAAAAAUGUUGCAGUAUAUUGGGGGCAAGCUUCAGCCGGUUCGCAAGAAUCUUUGGCGUCAUAUUGCCAGUCAUCCGACAUUGACAUAAUUCUUCUGUCUUUUCUACAUUCAUUUCCACAGAAGGUCGGUUUAGAUUUUACGUCGUCCUGUACCUCGUCAUUUCCCAGUGGACUCUUGCACUGCGACCAGAUUGGUGAAGACAUCAAAACCUGUCAAAAUUUAGGCAAGAAAGUUCUGCUGUCAAUGGGGGGCUCGGCUGGUUCAUAUGGGCUUUCAGACGACACCCAGGCGCAAGAAUUUGCGGACACUUUGUGGAAUACUUUUGCCGGUGGCUCAACUUUAGAGCGGCCCUUCAAUGACGCAAUCGUUGAUGGUUUCGAUUUUGACAUUGAGAAUCAAAAUUCUGCCGGCUACGUUGCAUUAGCAGCUAAGCUUAGAGAACUUUUUAGCUCUUCGACGAAAAGCUAUUAUCUGUCCGCUGCUCCACAAUGUUUUUUCCCGGAUGCCUCCGUCGGUGAUCUACUGAAAAGUGCAUAUAUCGACUUCGCAUUUAUUCAGUUUUACAACAACCACUGUAACGUCGACCGUCAGUUUAAUUGGGACACUUGGGCCAAAUUUGCCUCUUCUACGUCGAACAAGAAUAUUAAACUUUACUUAGGCUUACCGGGCUCCCCUUCUGCCGCUGCUUCCGGGUACAUCUCAAACAUGACCAAAAUUCAGUCCACUGUAGACUUAAUUAGUAGAAGUGGAAACUUUGGAGGUCUCAUGUUAUGGGAUGCUUCCCAGAGCUUUUCAAAUCAGGUCGAUGGCAACAGUUAUGCAGCGCACAUGAAAGAAAUUUUAAACACGAUUGGUACCAAAGCCCUUAAGGAUCCAGAAAGUUCCAAGGGUCCAGAAAGUUCCAAGGGUCCAGAAAGUUCCAAAGGUCCAGAAAGUUCCAAGGGUCCAGAAAGUUCUAGUGUGCAAUCUCGAACUUCUACAACUCUUUCAAGGAACACCGACGCAAGCGCUACUCAAGUUUCAACAUCAGGAGGGUCACUCUCUACUAGUGUUCUGACUAAAAUUAUACGCCUGAAGACGAGAGCAAAGUCUUCGGUCGCCGUGAAGGUUCUAAAAUGGUUUUAA